AUGGUGCUCAGUUACGGCGUUUACACCGGCCGUCCGGCCCUGUGCUCUGGUAUUAGGCGAAUGAGAUCACAGGCUUCUUUGGAAGCCUCGCUGAUCAUCAGAACUGGCACAGCACUGCAGGGAAUCUCAUGGAUGGCCGGCCAGAUCGGCUUGAAGAAUGGCAUCCACUUCUACAAGGACACCGACACUCCGGGCCGGUGCUUCCAGAAGCAGACCAUUGAUCACCUUCAGAUGGAGUUCCAAUGCUGUGGUAAUAACGACUACAAGGAUUGGUUUGAGAUGCAGUGGAUCAGCAACCGUUACCUGGAUUUCAGCUCAAAGGAAGUUAAGGACCGCAUUAAGAGCAAUGUGGAUGGCCGUUACUUGGUUGAUGGUGUGCCCUUUAGUUGCUGUAACCCUAGUUCUCCCAGACCCUGUAUCCAGUACAAAAUCACCAACAACACCGCCCACUACAACUACGACCACCAGACCGAAGAACUCAACAUCUUCAUUCGUGGUUGCAGAGAAGCCCUGGUCAACUAUUACAUGGGGCUGAUGAACACCAUUGGAGCUGUAGUUCUGUCUGUCUUCCUGCUUCAGAGCUCAGUGUUGGCCAGUGUGCGCCUCCUUCAGACGUCUAUGGAGGCUCUCGCUGGACAAGAGAAUGUGGAGAUUGAAACCGAGGGCUACUUGCUUGAGAAGGGAGUGAAGGAGACCUUCAUGGAGUAUGUGGAUCCUGUGCUUAAUCUCCUAUUGCUGAAUCGGGUAACACCUCCUGAAGCCAAAUCGGAAGCAGGGGCCACUGGAACAGCCACCACCACCAGCUAA